AUGUCAUCUCCUUUACUAAUACAAACUACCACUCAUUUUCACAUCAUCAAACAGAACGGUUACACGAUUGACACCGACAAGCGCAGACAAGCGUUAGAAGCGAAGAAGAAGGCGAACGCGGCGGCUGGCGAAGCGGCGAAAGCCAAGGCGAAGGCGUUGGCGGAAAAGAACAAAGCAGCGCAAGCCAAGGCUUUUGCCCAAAAGAAGAUGCUCGCGGAACAAGCCAAGGCAAAAGCGGCGGCGGCCAAGCAAGCCUCCAUGAAGUUGAACAAAACCGUCGGCGGUUCCUCCAAGUUCAAGAACUCCUUCACCACGGCGCCGUCCGUCAAGGACCCGUUCGCCGAAAAGAAGUGGGGCGGCUUCUCCUUCAACCCGUUCGGCAAGAAGGACUAA